AUGUCCUAUACUAAAUCCCGAGUGAAGUCAACGGCGAUGCAGAAUGACGGCACCCUUGCCUCGCCCAUGCCUCGCCCAGAGCAGCAGGAGCGAAUGUCGGAGGCAAUGGGUACAGGUACCUACAUGCUACGGAUGCAAGUACCGCUUGGACCCCAAAAUGUCCAAGAUGGGAGGCUCGCGGCGGUAGUACCAGGUACGAGAACUUUUGCACGGCGCACCAGUACCGACGGGGCCAGCAUCUACAGCACUGUACAGGUAUUGCUGCAAGGUCCUCGAUACGGACAUGCGCUGCAAAGCUUGGGUUGGUGGUGCCUGUCAGACGCGCCGAUAUGGCCCGCGACUGGCCUGAUUGCUGCAAAGCCUCGAGCAAAGUCGAUCCAUACACGUGCUGAUGACCUGACCGGAACAAGAAGAGAGUCAAUGCCGUCCGUUCGCAUCAGGUCAGUCAACGGUCCAAUCGGGCCAAAGAUAGUGCUGGCAGUACCACCAAUGGGCAUGGACAGCGCUAACGGCAGCCAAAAUGCUACACAAGAUCACAGCCAGAGAGUCUAG